AUGCUCCAAAAGUGCUCCAUUCUCUUCCAGAUGACACCCAAAAAACCGCCAGAAUAUGCAUCAAAACAAGUGGAGACACUGAGUGAGACGAGUCUUCAGAAUGCUCUUUCAGAAGAGGAAAACGAGACGAAUCGAGAGAUUAUCGAGAGAUUCGAACAGGAGAUUCAGCUGAAGGAUGAGAGAGAGUUGAUGAUGCGAGAGACGCAGACAAUUUCAGCUCCAGUCUUCGAAGAGGCCAGGAGGUUGAAGAGGGAGACCGGCUAUCCUCGAUACCGUCUCAUCGACUAUUCCUGUGGAGAACUGUCGAAUUCGAAUCUCUCCGAACCGCCGUCUCCAUCGAAUCCUCAUCCAUUCGACCCAUCGGAUCUCCCUCCUGUUCACUCUCUAACUCUCGUUCCAUUCGUCAAUCAUUCGCCACUUCUCCGAUUUCUCGUUGAUAUCGGAGUGGAUUUGGCUGAAAUUGAGAAUACAACGAGUAUCGGACGGCACUUGUUACGACUUGAAAUGGAGGAUGUCCGUCUGAAAAUCGAGUUGAUGCAGGAGGAAAUUGGAUUCGAAAACGAGGAGAUCGGCUCGUAUUUGACAAGAAAUCCGUUCUUUUUGAUACAAGAUGUUAAUGAUAUGCGGACGAGACUCAAUUAUUUGGAGAUGAAAAAAUUCACGAAACCGGAGCGACGAAAGAUCGUGAAAGAGUAUCGAUACUGGUUGAAUUGCAACGUGGAAUUGAUUGAUUCGCGACUCGGAUGGCUCCAACAACAGUUCAAAUUAAAUGCGAAAACGACACGAGAGAUAAUUGUGAAAGAGCCGAGAAUCAUAAUGUUUGGAACGGGUCCAUUGGAGAGAUUGGUGAAAAUGUUCACGAAAGAGUUGAAUUUCAGUCAGACACAGUUGAAGACUUUGGUUACGGUAGAUCCGCGGCUUUUUAUGAUGGACGCCAAACUAGUGUCCCGUACCUACAAAUACGUUCGUGACGUGAUGCGAAUCAACAACGAAACGAUUCUGGAGCACCCGUUCAUCCUCCGUUGCUCGCUGAGUGUCAUCAAAUCUCGUCACGACUUUUUGAAUCGAUUGGGAAGGGCUCACUACCAGUUGGCAGAGAAAAAAGAAUCUCGGAAAGAUGCUUCUGAAGUCAUCGUCGAGGAUUCAGAUGAUUCCCACGUUGAUUUAGUGAAACUGGAACAUUUUCUUCAUGCUUCUGAUGCCGGAUUCGCGAUGUUGGCGGCGAAGACGUUCCCCGUUGCUUAUGAUAAAUUUUUGAGGAAUUCUUAG